AUGUCUCCUUCCCCUCCGGCAGCGACGGCGGGAUUCCAGCCCGGAGCGCGGAGGGGAAGCAUGCGGGCGCCUGAUUGGCUGUGCGCCGCGUUCCAGACCCCGCUGAUUGGCCCCUGAAGAGUCGGAAAGAUGCUGGCCAAGGGCACGAAGCGGAAGCGGAUCGAGGGGGACGAGGCCGCCCCCUCCGCGGCCCCCACCAGCUCCCUCUUCAGCCUCUCUGUCUCCAAGCUGCACCAGAGCCUCCAGCACGUCGAGCCCAACCUGCGGCACCUGGUGCUCGUGGCAAACACCCUGCGGCGCAUCCAGGAUGAGAUGCAGCCGGCUGCGGGGGCCCUCUUCCAGCAACCGGACCCUCCUGCAACCACCGCUGGCAGCUCCAUCUGCAGGGAGAGCUCUGGGGACGCCCUACCCUGUGCCCUCCAGGACCCUGGCAGGAGGCUGCCUCCACCACCGCCCUCUCUCGCCCCCCACGUGGACGAGCUGCUCCUCUCCAGCAUGGACCUCUCCGUCUUCUCCACCAUGCUGGAGGACCUCAGCGGCCUGGAAGGGUUUGGGGAUGGCGUGCACCCCUCCGCCGCCCAGCCCGAGGGGGGCCUGCUCUGCUCGGAGCCGGAACGGACGUCGCAACCGUGCUCCUCCGCCCCGCUGGACCCCGUGGGCCCCAGCACCUACCUGCUGGAGGAGGGCCUGGAGGGCAUCUUUGAAGACAUUGACACCUCCAUGUAUGACUGUGAGCUGUGGUCACCCACCAGCCUCCCCAGCUUCAAGGAAGCCUUUCCCAGCUCGGAAGACGAGCGGCCGGGCUUGGCGGACCUUGAUUAUCUCAUGGACAUGUUGGUGGAGGCGCAGGAGCUGUGACCGGGGAGGGGGGGGGGAGUGGACGUUCCCGUAGGAGACGAGUUUCACCUUGGGGUGGAGGCACUUCUGGUGGGUGGAUCGCAAGUGGGCAACGGAGGGAAAUGGGGGUGUUGCAGAGUUUGCCUCCAAGUAGACCGACUGUCGGUUAAUUUCAGUAGUUCUAUGCUGACUGCAUCGAAACAGCCACACCUUGCAUGAAGAUGCAAAAUGGCCGUAUUAACAUCUUCCGGGAAGCUGUUUCCUCAACUUCCUGUGUGAGAUAUUGCCCCCCUGACAUGCCUGCGGUGAGAGUCCUGCUUUCUGUGAGAAUCUGGGCACCUCCAAGAGGCUCAAACAGAUUACAGUGGUACCUCGGUUUAAGAACAGUCCUGUUUACGGACGAUUUGGUUUACGAACCCCACAAAACCGGAAGUAGUGUCCCGGUUUGGAAACUUUACCUCAGUCUAAGAACGGAAUCCGAAUGGUGGAGGGGCACCGGCAGUUGGAGGCCUCAUCAGGGAAAGCGCGCCUUGGUUUAAGAAUGGUUUCGGUUUAUGAAAGGGCUUCCAGAACGGAUUAAGUUAGUAAACCGAGGUACCACUGUAUCUGAUAUGACAAGGUUCUGCGACAACUUUUUAAGGCAGGAAUAGCUCUCCUGCUUCCCAGGGCCC